CUCUGAAAAUCUCGUGCAUUUCAAGGCUCUGGUAAGUGAGGUCAAGUAGGAAGCUCUCCGCGCUCCCCGCCCCCCCCGCAAUGCUCGCUCGUUCCGCCACGCUGCCCUCUCUCCGCAGCAGCACCGGUUUCGUCUCCGCGGCUCGCCGCGCGUCCCAUUCCCCCGCUGCCGUUCCCGCUCGCCGGCCCUCACCUCCGUAUCUCCCGCCUUCCUGUAUUCUCCCCGCUGCGCGCUCCUCCCUCCGCGACGGCGUGAGAGAGACCGCGCGGCCUCGCCCUGCGACGUCUGCGACGCCUGUGACGCCUGCGAUCGCAUCGCCCGCCGCCGUCCGCCUGUUUCGUCGCGCAGCGUCGCAGGGCGUCCGUGCGAUGGCGUCUGGUGACGAAUCUGCCGGGCUGGUGGCGACGCACGGCGAGGACAGCUGCAUCUUCUGCAAGAUCCGCGACGGCAAGAUCCCGUCGCACAAGGUGUUGGAGACGGAGCACGCCCUGGCCAUCCUGGACGCCUUCCCCAUGGCGCGCGGCCACACGCUCAUCAUCCCCAAGAAGCACUAUGCCUUUAUGGAGGACAUGCCGGAGGAGGAGAGCACGCAGCUGCUGAAGCUUCUGCCAGCGGUGUCCAAGGCAGUGCGCCAGGCCACAGGGGCAGAAGGAGUCAACAUCUUCCAGAACAACGGGGGGCCUGCAGGCCAGUUGGUGUUCCAUGUGCAUGUGCACGUGCUGCCUCGCACUGAAGCCGACGGGCUGCUAGCGUUCGGCAAGAGUGGCCCCAUGAUAGCAGCAGAGGAGGCGAAGGAGGUCAAGGAGGCCAUUGCCGCUGCUCUCCCAUCGAACCUGUGACGGGUGACGGCCCCGCCACAGUGCUAGCUAGCUACCAAUGAACUGUCCUCCUCCUGACCGCCGCUGAAGAAUGCACUAGAUGCUCCUUUGGUUCCUACCUACCAAGUGCUGAAGACAGCUUGGGGAGGAGGGGGAGGGGGAGGAACGCCUGCGAUUACUGUGGUCGUGCGCGCUGUGAUUCUGUGAAAGAAUCCAGGACGGGAUAUUGGUAAUUUGGUAAGCAUACCGUUGCUCAGCUCAGCCCAACUACUGUACCUGAGGUCUUGCACGCGUGGUUGCUGCAUUCUACCAGCAGCUUAGAAUGGGCAAGCUUGACAGAGGCAAGUGACUACUGAGGCAUGCCUCAUAAUGGACCAAUGCUAGUACUUCACUAUUCAACCAACUCAGCAGCUGACCACACA